CAUUUUGUUUGGUUUUGUAAGAGUAAAGUUAUAAUUUGCAUCUAAGGUACAAAAAAAUAUGAUUACCCGGCACUCCAAUAGUAGCUUUCCAAAACCGAAAGAGGAAAUGGAGCUUCAAGAAACGUUUGUUGUUUUUAUUUUAUUUAUGUAAACAAUACGUUAAUUUUGUACAAAAUGGGCACGCAGAAGCCUGGCGAAUGGGCGAACUCGCUUAUACAACGUUUCGAAGAGCAAUUGCCGUACAAGACUGGGGCACAGAACCUACACUCUCGUAUCAACGAGGAGCAGUGCAAGGCGUGCCUGGUGCAGAUCAGCAGACAUCGGUUCUCUCUAGUCAUCGCAGGACUCACCAAAAUACUACAAAGGGUCAAUGAAUUGUACCAACCAACAAUAUCAAGUGGCGUCAACCGUCCCCAAACAGAGCUAGAGAAAGGCUACCAUGACAGUCUUGUGAUAGUGUUGGACACACUGGAGAUAUGUCUCAGUUCACAGCCUAAAGACACAGCCAAGUAUGAAGAGGCCAUGAACGUCAAGAUACUGCUGAGAGAGGUGUGCCAGUUUAUCGAUACACGAAACGAGAAUGUAGUCAACAAUACGGUGCUGCGACAGUUGGCGAGUAAGGUGCUUUUCGCCUUAAGCCUCAAUUUCUUCAACGCCGUCUUUAAUCGAAUAAGUGCCAGAUUACAGGAAUUAUCUUCAAGUUCCGAAGAGAACCCCGAUUAUACAGAUAUAGAGUUGAUACAACAUAUAAAUGUGGAUAUAUUGCGUUUGAUAAGAUUAUUAACAGAGUCUAUACAAAAGUUUAGGUUAUUAAGGAAAUCGGCUCACAUUGUCCUUGUGAGUUCAUUGGAAAAAGCUAUAUGGAAUUGGAUGGAUACUUACCCCCAGGAAUUUUCUGAAGUACAAUGCCGGCCUAACGAUGAAUUAAGCAAGUGCUGCGACACACUGUUCGACAUACUACAAGACAGCUUCUCGGACAACAAGAAGUCGAGGGUCGCAAUGUGGCCGCUGCAGAUCAUGCUGCUCGUUCUUAACCCCAAAGUUCUAGAAGAGAUAGUGAACGCGGACAGCGGCGCGCCGUGCAGCCCGCGACACACAAAGAAAAAACAUUUCAUCGACGCUGUCAAACGAGGACUCAACCCGCAAAACAACUCGAAGCAGAUGAUAGAGGCAGCGGUUGUGACGUGCGUGAAGCUGUGCAAGGCGUCCACGUAUCUCAACAUAGCUGACUCUGGCAACGUCACCUUCGUGCUCGUCAAGUCUGUCAUCAACGAUCUAAAGUCGCUGCUAUUCAACCCCUCGAAAUCAUACAUCCGCGGCAACCUGCUCUCCGGGUACUCGGAGCUGGACCUGAUGACGGACUGCUUCGUGUCGCUGUUCCGCAUCAUGCCGCACAACAACGACGCGCUCAAAGUGUGCCUCAACCUCAACACGCACAUAUCUUACCAUUACGUGAUCGUCAACUCGUUGCUGAGGAUAAUAAAGCAGCCCCGCCUACCGUGGUGGCCUCAGAUAGAGCUGUUGUAUCCGAGAGCAGCGGAGUUGAGGGCCAUGUUCACCGACACUUCUAACAAAGCCACGCAGGGCUACGUGGUCCACACUCCACUGCGCAUGAUAUCUCUCUCGCUCAAGUCUAAGGAGGUGCAGUCCAAGUUCAACAGGUCGGAGGAGAUGCCCGCCUACAGGAACCUGUUGUUGUGCAUGGUGAAGCUCAUACAUGCAGACCCUAUGCUUAUGUUGAGCAACCCAGGCCGCUCCAGCACCGAGAUCCAGUCCUCAACGACAGAGUUGAUCAAUGGCCUAGUGUCCCUAGUGCAUCAGACUGGCAUGGGGGAGAUCUCGCAGGCCGCCAUGGACGCGCUGUUGGCCCUUCACAGACCUGACAGGGUUUAUAUGUGGAACCCUGAGGCGCCACUCAACACUUUCUGGGAUAUUAGCUCUCAAGUCCUGUACAACAUAUCGCAGAAGCUAAUCCAACGUCAGAUAGGCAACUACCGGGACGUUCUUCGCUGGUUGCGCGACAUCCUGACGUACAGGAACGAGUUCCUGGCCAAGCACAAGGAGUACGCGAACCUCGGCUCGCAAAUACCUAUAUGUAAACAGGCGCAUAUUAAAUUGGAGGUGGUGUUCUUUAUGUGUCUAUGGUCGAUCGAUACCGACGUGGUGUUGGUAGCCAUGUCCUGUUUCGCCCUACUCUGCCAGGAGGCGGAUAUCCGUUGCGGAUCGGACGAGAUCACUGCGCAGUGCUUGCUGCCCAACUACGCAGUGUUCCAGGAGAUUGCGCACACUUCCACUGUACUCACUACUGGUUCAGCAGCGUUGCAGAAACGAAUAAUGGCGUUGUUAAGAAAGAUCGAGCACUGUGUGAAUGGUGUGCAACCCGUUUGGGAGGAAACGUUUAGAUGUUGGACUAAACACUUAUCCAGGGACUCGCUGUGCAAGCUGCUGCAGAAGUACCCCAAGGGUCAGGGCGACAAGAUGGACGACUACCAGAUGGAGGCGCUGCACCGCGCCGUGGCCAAGCGCAGGGUGUCGCACCAUAGCAGCUCCGAGCAUGAUUUUGAGAUGCAAAUCCAAGAGUGGGCGAACAUAACCUCAUUCCUUUGCGCGUUGGGUGGCGUGUGUCUCCAAACACGACCGGCUACCACUACGUGGUCACUUAUGCAGGGAUUUCUUGCAGAUUCCCGGAAAUACAACGUCCUACCAAACAGUUCACAAGAGGUCCAAUACUGUCCAGUCACGCAGUUCAUCGGUCAACUUCUACGCCUACUUCUCUGUUCUAACGAACGGUUCGGACAGCAAAUACAAGGUCACGUGAAAGAGCUGGUGGGCCGGGAGAUGUCGCCGCAACUCUUCCCGAUACUGUUCGAUCAGAUCAAGGCGAUCAUAGACAAGUUCUUCGACCAACAUCAACAGGUUAUGUUGACAGACAUUAACACGCAGUUCGUGGAGCAUACAAUCUUUAUAAUGAAAAGCAUUCUCGAUAACAAGAAGAGCGGCCAGCCCUCCGAACAUCUUAGUACAACCUCCAUUGAAGGGCUCAUGCUGGCUAUCGUCAGGUAUGUUCGUCACCUCGACAUGACAGUGUUAUCUGUACACAUAAAGACGAAGCUCUGCCAAGUGGUGGAGGCCAUGAUGAGACGACGCGACGACCUGGCGUUUAGACAGGAGAUGAAGUUCCGCAACAAGAUGGUUGAAUACGUGACGGACUGGGUGCUGGGCACGAGUCAUCAAAUCGCACCGCCUUUGCGAGCCGAUGCCUCUUCGAUUACUAGAUACCUGGUGUGCUGCAGGGAGCUGGACCAGGCGUGCAUGGAGGCGGUGGCGGCGCUGCUGAAGGGUCUGCCGCUCCAGCCCGAGGAGUCCGACCGAGGGGAUCUCAUGGAAGCGAAGAGUCAGCUGUUUCUCAAGUACUUCACCCUGUUCAUGAACCUGCUAAACGACUGCAACGAGGUCGAAAUGGCGGAGGGUCCCGGCCGGUUGGAGACUUUGAGGAACGCGACUAUACAGGCCAUGUCCAAUCUGUUGUCCGCCAACAUCGACUCCGGACUUAUGCAUAGUAUUGAUCUAGGCUACCACAGAGACCUGCAGACCCGCGCGGCGUUCAUGGAAGUACUGACCAAGAUACUGCAGCAGGGCACGGAGUUCGACACCCUCGCGGAGACCGUGCUGGCGGACCGAUUCGAACAACUGGUUCAGCUGGUUACCAUGAUAUCGGAUAAGGGCGAGCUGCCAAUAGCAAUGGCCCUGGCCAACGUGGUGAGCACGAUGCAGAUGGACGAACUUGCACGUGUUUUUGUAACGCUGUUCGACGCCAAGCACCUCCUCGCGCCGCUGCUCUGGAACAUAUUCUAUAGAGAAGUUGAGGUAUCGGACUGCAUGCAGACCCUCUUCCGUGGCAACUCCCUUGGCAGCAAGAUCAUGGCGUACUGCUUCAAGAUAUACGGGUACAGCUACCUGCAGGGGCUACUUGAGCCGCUCAUCACGUCGCUUCUCGACCAGGCGGAAGAGCAACCGGAGUUGAGCUUCGAAGUAGAUCCGGCAAGAUUGGACCCGAACCAGGAUAUAGAAGUGAACCGUUCGAACCUGAUCGACUUGACCAAGGAAGUGUUCGACAGGAUCGUGAACUCAGCGGAUAAGUUUCCACCGCAGUUGCGGAGUAUGUGCCAUUGUUUGUUUCAGGUGCUUAGUAAGAGAUUUGCGCAGUUCCCGCAAACGAGCGUCGGCGCCGUCGGCACCGUGCUGUUUCUGAGGUUCAUCAACCCGGCCAUCGUGUCCCCGCAAGAGAUGGGGAUCGUGAGCCGGCCGGUGCCGGCGCAGGUGAAGCGCGGGCUCAUGCUCAUGUCCAAGAUCCUGCAGAACAUCGCCAACCACGUGGAGUUCUCCAAGGAGCAGCACAUGCUGCCGUUCAACCACUUCCUGAGGGCGCAUUUUGAGACUGGACGGAAGUUCUUCAUCCAAAUAGCAUCGGACUGCGAGAGCGUCGAUCAAACGUCCCACAAUCUAAGCUUUAUCAGUGACGCGAACGUGGUGGCGCUGCAUCGACUCCUGUGGAAUCAUCAGGAAAGGAUCGGAGACUACCUAUCUUGCAGUAGAGACCAUAAGGCGGUGGGGAGACGGCCUUUUGACAAGAUGGCAACACUUUUGGCAUAUCUGGGACCGCCGGAGCAUAAACCAGUGGAGUCAACGUCCGGCCUUCUGUUCUCGUCCUACGCUCGCUGGUCGUCAAUCGAUAUAUCGUCGACAAAUUUCGAAGAGUUCAUAGUGAAACACAAUAUGCACAAAAAGGAAGAGUUUAAGAGCAUCAAGAGCCUGAAUAUAUUUUACCAAGCAGGGACCAGCAAGCUCGGAAAUCCUGUGUUCUACUUCAUAUCGAGGAGAUACAAGAUAGGUGAGGUGAAUGCUGACCUGCUCAUCUACCACGUGAUACUGACGCUGAAGCCGUUCUGUCAGCAGCCGUUCGAACUGAUCGUGGACUUUACCCACACCAACUCAGAUAAUAGGUUCAGGACCGACUUCCUGCAGAAGUGGUUCACGGUGCUGCCCGAAGUGGCGUACAUAAACAUACACGCGUGCUACAUAUACAACUGCAACAGCUGGGUGCGAGAGUACACGAAGUUCCACGAGGCUAUACUGGCUCCUUUGAGGGGUAACCGCAAGCUAGUAUUCAUCGAGAACCACGCACGGCUCAGCGAGUACGUGGAGGUGGAACAGCAGAAGCUUCCCGGAGCCACGCUCGCGCUCGAGGAGGAUCUUAAAGUCUUCAAUAAUGCCCUCAAACUCUCGCAUAAGGAUACCAAAGUUGCUAUCAAGGUCGGUCCAACGGCCCUACAGAUAACAGCAGUUGAGAAGACCAAGGUGUUGGGCCAUCCGGUGCUACUGAACGAUGUUUACUACGCAUCAGAGAUCGAUGAGGUGUGCCUGGUGGACGACAACCAGUUCUCAUUGUCGAUAAUAAACGAGCCGACGCCGCUGAGCUUCAUCCACAACGACUGCGACAACAUCGUGCAGUCCAUCAUACACAUCAGGAACCGAUGGGAGCUCAGCCAGCCCGACACAGUGACAGUCCACCAAAAGAUCCGUCCCAAAGACGUUCCCGGAACCCUGUUGAACAUGGCGCUCUUGAACCUGGGGUCCUGCGACCCGAACCUGCGCACCGCCGCAUACAACCAGCUCUGCGCUCUCACCGCCACCUUCCACCUCAAGAUCGAGGGACAGCUGCUGGAGACGUCGGGUUUGUGUAUUCCGUCAAAUAACACGAUAUUUAUCAAGUCUGUGAGUGAGAAGUUGGCGCAUAAUGAACCGCAUUUAACGCUGGAAUUCCUUGAAGAGUGCAUACAGGGCUUUAGAGGGUCUACGAUCGAGCUGAAGCAUUUGUGUUUGGAGUACAUGACACCGUGGUUGGCCAACUUAGUUAGGUUCUGCAAGCCCUCCGACGAGUCCCGUCGUCAGAAACAAGUGGCGCAAAUCCUGGAGAAGCUGAUAACCCUCACGAUUGAGGAGACGGAGAUGUAUCCGUCGGUGCAAGCCAAGAUCUGGGGCUCGAUCGGCCAAGUGCCUGAACUUAUCGACAUGGUCCUCGAUAGUUUUAUACAGAGGAGCGUUAACUCGGGUCUGGGUUCGCCUAUGAUAGAGAUCAUGGCAGACACAGCGGUCGCAUUAGCGUCGGCCAACGUUCAACUAGUAUCGAAAAAGGUCAUUGGCAGGAUGUGUCGGGUGGUGGACAAGACGUGUCACUCGCCCACUGCGAUGCUGGAGCAGCACAUGAUGUGGGACGAUAUUGCUAUACUCGCUAGAUAUUUGUUAAUGCUGUCGUUCAACAACUGCCUGGACGUGGCUCGCCACCUGCCGUACCUGUUCCACACGGUGACGUUCCUGGUGUGCUCGGGCACGGUGUCCAUGCGCGCCGCCACGCACGGGCUCGUCAUCAACAUCAUACAUUCGCUGUGCACCUGCACCACGCCCAGCUUCAGCGAGGAAACCCAGCGAGUCCUAAUGCUAUCAUUGGAUGAAUUUGCCCUACCGAAGUUCUAUCAGAUGUUCGGCAUUUCGAAAGUCAAGUCUGCAGCAGUUACUGCCUUCAGGAGUCCUUACAACAGACACACUAACGAUUGGUACUCGGACCACUCAUACGCAGCGUGUACAGAGUCGGGCUCGUCGGGCAGCGCGGGGUGCUCGGCCCCCGCGCCCGCGCCCGCCCCAACCCCUGCGCCCACCCCCGCGCCCGCGCCCUCACAGUCCGACCGGGAGCGGCUCCCGCUGCAGUCCUUAGAGACUAUAACAGACGCGUUACUGGAAAUCAUGGAGGCUUGUAUGCGUGAUAUUCCGGAUUGCGAUUGGCUGCAGACUUGGACAUCGCUAGCAAAAAGCUUCGCGUUCUGUUUCAACCCGGCAUUGCAACCGCGCGCUCUUAUCGUAUUUGGAUGCAUUAGUAAAAAUGUAACGGAUGAUGAUAUGAAACAAUUACUAAGGAUACUAGUGAAGGCUUUGGAAUCGUUCAAUGAUUUAGCACUUCUCGAGGCUAUUAUCAUGUGCCUCACAAGACUUCAGCCGCUGUUACACCCUGCUUCGCCAAUCCACAAAGCGUUGUUUUGGGUGGCGCUGUCUGUCCUACAACUGGACGAUCCUACAUUGUACGCAGCGGGACUCGCUUUGAUGGAGCAGAAUAUCCACACUCUGGACUCUCAAGGACAGUUUGAUCAUAAGACGUUGGAACAAGUCAUGAUGGAAACUCGAGAACCUCUGGAGUGGCAUUUCAAGCAAUUGGAUCAUGCUGUUGGACUGAGCUUCCGCUCGAACUUCCACUUCGCGCUGGCGGGGCACCUGGUGAAGGGCUACCGGCACCCCGCGCCGGGCACGGUGUCGCGCACGUGCCGCGUGCUCGCCACGCUGCUCGCCAUCACGGCGCGCCGCCACCGCGACAAGUUCCACGUCACGCACGACACCGUCGCCUACCUCACGGCUCUAGUGUGUGUGAGUGAGGAAGUCAGAUCCCGGUGCCACGUGAAACAUUCCCUACCCAAGUGGUUGCCGGAUAACUGCGACCACUAUUGUCCUACCACAGAUCUGCACCAGUCGUCGCUGCUCAUCCAGCCGACGCCGUCGACGCAGUCUUGUCAGAGUCGGCGGCAGAAGUCGUGGGAUGUGUUGGACCAGGCCGCGAUAUCUUCGGCGCAUGGAGGCCGAUCACCUACUAUGCAACAAUCGGGAAGCGGUUGCCACAGCCCGCACAUGGUCACGAUGCCUCAUCAGGACAGCGAAGGUCGUGCGCACAGCAUGCAACACGGUGCCACCGGUGACGCGGCGAGGCCUGAUCUCGUUGGAGACGUUGAUAGUGGGCUCGACGUAGUCGAUGAUGACGGUAGAGGAUCGCCGGGCAGCACUGAUGACACCACUGAGCGACCUUCGUCAACUAAAUCUGGAGACAGCGACUACCCUGAGACUUCUACUAAGCAGGCCUCCACAGACAAGGACACUACAUCAACUCCAGAGAGUAACUGCUUAUUAGAUCCGUCAGUGCUGUCCGAUUUCACCACACAGGCUUUAGUGUUGACGGUGCUGGCUACGCUAGUCAAGUAUACCACAGACGAGAACGAAAUAAGGAUACUGUAUCAGUAUUUGGCUGAAGGGUCCGUUGUGUUCCCGAAAGUAUUCCCGGUCAUCCACAGCCUGCUGGACAUGAAGAUCAACCACGUGCUGAUGCAUUGCCACGACCAGGUCAUACUGAGCGCGGUGCAAAGCAUCAUACAGAACAUGAUAGCGUCGGAGGACGCGAGUCAACAGCAGCUGCACUACAUGCAGAGCUGUGGAUUCGGCGGACUGUGGCGGUUCGCCGGACCAUUCACGAAGAACCAAUGCACAGCGGAGAGCAGCGAGCUGUUCGUGAACUGCCUGGAGGCGAUGGUGGAGACGUGCCUGCCGGGCGGCGACGACGCGCUCACCCGCGCGCCGCCCCCCGACCCCGACCACGACCACGAACACCGCAACACUGUUACAGGUGUCCACAGACAAGCGACGCUGUACUGCACCACGCAGGAGACAUAACAGGACAUGCAGGACUGAACCCGCGACCCUGCCUCCUGACUACACAAGUCGGAGGACGCCGCCGGACAGAUACUGGCGGCGUUCAGGGCGUGUCGGCUCAUUUGACAACCCUACAUUUGUAAGAGGGUAAAAAAAUGUCAAGAUGACAAUUGUCGAGAAAACUCGUGUAGACUUUAAUGUUGUAGUUAGAUUGCUGAUAACUUGCGCCUGUUAUGGCUUAUCGGAUUAUUUGACAACUCUAGACUUGUAGGAAGGUAUAGAUUAACAUUUUGACAGCUGUCAAAAUAAAAUUGGGGUUUGCAUACAUCGUCGACAUUAGUGGCUUAACAAGCUUAAAGUUGAAAGGUGUAUUGUUAUUAUUACUCAAAAAUUUAAUCAUAUCAUCGGUGCCAGUGGCUGCCAUGAUUUAUCGGACUUAUUUAAAGCUGUAAGAAGCUUGACGGUUCACUAGAAAUAUUGAGGGAGGAAGUAUUAAAUUCUGAUUAAGUAUUUUCGAAAUGUCGCUUGCAUUUCCCUAAAACAAUUAGAUUAUUGACAUUUAUACAGCCCCAAUGCUUCAUAACAAGUGCACGUUAUAUCUAGACUCUCUAAACGAUAACUUUGUAAAUUUUCAACAGCAACUGAUUUUGACAGCUGUCAAACAGUAAAGUGACAUCUGCAAUCAAGCGCACAUUGAAUUUGACAACUGGUAAUGUCAAAAUUGAUAAAAUUUUAUCGCACAAAAUAUAAUUUAGUGAUAAUUUUUUAUUGUUUACAAUAUAUAACUACAUUAUGUACUCCGAUAACGCAAUAUACAUUUUAUUUUUCAAUAAUACUUGCAGACUACAAACAAGCGUAGAUUUUACACAACAUUUUAAUUUGUCAGUAACUUUCAGUCAUAAACUGUUUAGUGUCGUGUAUUUCAAUGCUAUUUAUUCUAAUUUCAACCUUAAAUUUACAGUAAAAGAUCACUAAUAAGUCAUAAACAUAACUUAAUUUCAUUACCAAGUCUGCAAGUUCAAUUGAAAAAUAUAGAAGUCUCUUUGGAGACAACUUAAAUGAUUUCUUAGUGAGAUUAGCGUGUAUUUUGCCCUAAAAAGAAUAACAUACUAAUAAAAUAGCUUAAAUGAUUGCUAGAAUAAAAUCAUAAAAUUUUUGAUAAGAACUUAUAACUGAUUGUGACUAAUAAAGCUAUCUUUGACAAAAUUCAAAGAGACAUUCAUGAAUACUCUGAAAUGUGUGCUCUUCUAUAUUCUAUGAGGCUAGACGGGUCUUCAUGAGCCGUGGAAUAUGCUGCGUUCGAUUUAAUACUUUAUAAUUCAGUUAAGAGGGCGUUAUUUGCUUUGGCAAGGUAGUAAUUCCUCAUUGCCAUGUGGCCAAAGCCAAGAAAGUAAUUAAAUACAGACGGCUUAUUCUUUAUGCCACUUGUUAUUACAAUGCGUAACAAGCACGUAACGCAACGCGUCACGUUUAAGACUAUAAAUCGGCAUACAGAAUACCAUUCCUCGGAUUUCACGAUGAUGAUGUAACAUGGCCGUGCUACGAGUUUAAAACGUAGAGAAUAAGGACCCUUGAUAUAUGGGACGGAAAACGCGGUUUAGAUUAAUGCGUACAUCAGGUUAAUGUCAAUUGCGGGUAACUUUAACCGCUGUUUGACAAACUAUACUGAACUUGUCUUUAUCGGUGGAUAUUAAAAAAAAAUAUAAUGAAUGAAACAAAAUAGUGUGCUACAUUAUUUUAUAUAUUUAGGGCACAGUGAUAUAAAUUAUGCACAAAAAUUAGUACUAAAAUAAUGCCGUGUAUAUGACGUCAUAACACGUCAUGUAAGUGACCAUAGACGUAGAAAGGGUAACGGAAUGAAUUUUUUAAUAUUUACAACACUAAAGAGACAGGUAACUGGGCCGCAGAAACUAUUUUAUAAUAUAAAUAUUUUUGUGUGAAUAUUUGUAACGUCACGUAUCUACAUUUUCAUAAUGAAGGAAAAAGGUACAACCCUAUUCUUUGUCUAUGGGCUUUGCUAUAAAAAUUGUCUAUGGUUAACAGUAAGUCUUAACUACUGAAUAUGGAUAAGUUAGUGGAUAGCAGUAAUAAAGCGCUUGUUAGUCGAUUCUGAGCUUUAAUUACAGAAGUAUAUAAGCCAAGGAAACCGAGAAGCAAAUUAAAUCCUGUACAGAAAUCUUUGCGAACCGUAUAUAUUUGUCCCGGGAUUUAGAUGUUGUAAAGAGCUCUAAAAUAUACAGAUAAAAUUUUCUUAUAGUUAUGUUGAAAGUGCUUUCCAUAUAAGCUCAUUGACAUAGGUGACGUCCACUGGCGAGUGUGUCUUUUUGUUUUUGGCAUGAAUUUAGUUACCUCCUCUACUUCUCUCGUGCCGCUUUACUCUCGGAAAAAAUCGCUGUGACGUCAUUCGGGAUUACGUUCAGUCUGUUUCAAAAGCUCGAAGUUGGCUGUCGACUCACUACUACUACUACUUGGCAUGUUUGUCUUCAAAGGCUUUAAAAAAAUUAUCCUGUAACAGCUAUCCACGAACUUAUGUAAUUAUUAUUAAAAAUUACGUAAAUUUACGUCAUUAAAAUCUAGAUGUUCCUAAAAUCUGUACUAAUUGUAUAUAGUGUGUGUUUUUAAUAUCUAACAUCCAUUUCGAUGUAUUUUUACUUUUCUAAUUGGCAAUAUUGGAGGUAAUAUAAUCUGUGCACUGGUUUCAAAAAGAAAAACUGUUGUCUGUCUUUAUUUCCGAAUAACAAGAUAGAAAUGUUUGAUACAGGAUUUUGACUGGUUUUAGCCAAUUUGUAGUUAAGACCCAGUUCACAAUAGCGUUUUUAUUUACAUUUUUUUAAAUAUACAUAAUUAUGUAGGUCUCAGGGACGUAUUUGGGAAGUAUAAUUUUAACAAAAGUUUAGUCACAGGUUUCAAUAUUUUUUUGUUAUUUUAGAGUAUUUUUAUACGAUAUCUAAAGGUAUUAAACCUAAUUCAUGGAAAAAAACUAUUCUAUUAAUACGGUAUUAUAUCAAAUUUAUGGAAUAAAAAUUAUUUUACAUUUCUCAUCGUCUGAAUCGCUUAGUCGGUUUUAAAAACAAGAGCGAUUUUCUCACUGUAAAUAUUGUAAGGCGAAAUUAUUUAUUUAGGGUGUUUGAGAUCAGAAUAUUAAUAUGAUUUAUGAUACAAAACAUAAGACAUGUAUUUUAGUGUGAGAUCAGGAAUAUAUGUGACUGUCAGGCUUUAUUUAUUAAUAUUAUUUCUGGCGCUAUGAUUUACAGCCAAAUAUGUAGACACCAACGGUUGUUAGAUAACUUUUUUCAAAUACUUGCAUUUGAUUACAUACUUAGCGCUUUAGGUGUUACUGGAAUUAUAAAAAAAUUUUUAGGCCUAAAGAAAUCAGUAAAAAACCCAAUCGAGGCGCUAAAAUAGCUUUUCCAAUUAGUUUAACUCAGUGAUAACAAUAAAAAGAUGAUUUUUGGUAUCGAUAAUAAACUUUUAUAUGAAACAUUUUAGUAAUACUGUGAAGUCUAUAGAAUCCAAAGUAACUUUUGACUAAAUUGUCCAGUGUGCACAGCGCCUAAAGCAGUGAUAAUAUUAAACAAAUAGGGUGCUUUUUACUGUACAAACUUACAUUCAUAAUUAUUUAGACUAAAAUAUACUAUAGUUGUAUUGAUUUCUUAUUUGAUAUUAAAUAGUGCUAUGAAUAUUUUUACACAAUGUCACAAUCUUUUUGGCAGUAAUACUGAUGAAAAUGAUUUUCACAAAAAAAUAUUUAUUCUUUUUAAAAUUUUGUUAGUGUUUUGUAAAAAAUAAAUAUAUGUAUAUGUUAAUGUAAAAUAUUUGUAUAUAUCUAUAUACUAAUGAAGCUGUAAGUACAUCAUAACGCUUGUGCUACCUGCGUGCUGCUCGCCCAAAGGGCGCUUGCCUACAUUGCAAUAGCUCAAACGAAUUGUAUAGUUUAAAUACUAGACAUUGUGACCUGAUUAGAUCUGAUAUACCAAGUGUAGCAGUGCCGGAUUAAGGAAGAGCUUUGGGACCCAUACUCGCAUGCUAACAAAUUUGUUUUGAUAUGGGUGUAAACUAUAAUUUUAUAGUUAUAAACUAUGUUUACUUUGAUAUUUAAUAUUCCAUUGAUAUUUAGUUUUCCAUUUUGUGUCCAAAAAUUUUAUGUGGCUUAUCAAUUGCACACUACGAAAUGAACAACUCCCAAAGCCAUUAAUGAGUCAUUCGUGGCUUGUAUUCAGGUCUAAGAAACGCACAAUUUACCAUUAUUUACUCAUCAAUCAAUCAUUGUGUGCUAUUAAAUAGCCCUCGCAAAAAAUAAACAGAAACAGUUAACUCCUGGGAAAGGGGAGCUCCGCCGUCAGGGUCGGGGAGGGGAGCCCCGCCGCCAGGUUCAGGAAGGGGAGCCCCGCCACCAGGGGCAGGAAGGGGAGCCCCGCCGUCAGAGUCUGGUAGAGGAGACACACCAUCUGCAACUCCACCAGCACCCAGGCCUUCUUUGCGCUCUAUACCACUGAGAAUUCCUGGGUCCACAAGGCGGGUAAAGGUGUUGACAAAUUAUUUGCCUAUGAGGAUUAAGGAUCUAAAAGUUGUAAGUAAAAAAAUAAUAAUAUGUUGAUUUUUUUACGCAUCAAAUGAUUUGAUAACUUUCAGUAUCGCUAUGACGUACACAAAAUGAACAUGGCGAAAUCAAACGAAAACAAAGUGUAGAGUUCUCGAGUUGCACUACUUAAUCCGUCACUGUUUUACCUAUAGAUAUAAGUUAUUUUUGGCUAACAGUGUUAGCUUAGUGUCCAUUGAAUAUUACACUUUUAUAGUGACAUUUUCAUUCUUAACUCAUUCAUAAAUGAAUGAUAAGAUCCUACGACGAAACUGGUUUGAUUCUUUAGAAAUUAUGAACUCUCCAUGCGAUGUGAAUUUGAUCUUGCGUUCUUCGUCUUCUAUAUAAAAACCUCAUUAAAUAAUUUAGAUUAUGCAGUUUCCAAUUUUGCUUUAUUCAUAAAAGUGUAAUUAUAAGCUAAAAAUUAUUUUGUAAUAUUUCUAAAGAAUCGACUAGUUUCGCACAAACUGUUUUAUUGAUUGAUGUCGUCAUUACAAGUGGUGUAAAUUUAUGUGUUUAAUAAAAUAUUUAAAUUAAA